UUGGGUCGCUCUCUCGGCCUGGGUUCAAGGUGCUCAACACUCACCCUUUGCAUUUUCAGCUCCCGCUCCCCAGUGCUCCCAGGAGGCAGGCGCAGCCGGCCUUGGCCCCUGUCGCAUGGAUGGGGGCGGCCGUCAGCUAUGAAGAAGGAUGCGGCCGCAUCACCGCAUGACCCCUCCCGCAUAAAACCAAAGCCGCUGCCCGGCGAAGGCUCCGGCGCCUCGGUCCCCAUGCACGACCCGGAGAGAGGAGAGACGCUGCAGUCCCCGGGGGGAGCCCACUCUGCAGGGGGCGAGCUGCGGACCGGAGUCUCGGCCACCCACGUUGCCUCUGGGCCAGUCACGCUCACGGCCGGCACCCCCUAGGAGACUGCUGUACUUAUUUACUUGUAGAAAGGCAGCAGCGAGCCGGUCACUGUGGCCUCCCCACGCCGGGACACUUCCUCUCGGCUCUGCUGGGCGGCCUGGAGCCCCGCGGUCGGCGUAGCUGACACACUGGGCUGCGGGGAGAGCAGCGGCCAGGGGCUGUGGGCAGAGGAAGGAGCUUCCGGCGUCCCAGGAUGGAGGCCAACAACGCGACCUCUCCCCCUUGUCCCGACUCCACUGUGUUCAAGGUCGCGGUCAGCGUGGCCCUCACUGUCCUCAUUGUCAUCACUGUCGCCGGCAACGUGGUCGUCUGCCUGGCCGUGGGCCUGAACCGCCGGCUCCGCAGCCUGACCAACUGCUUCAUCGUGUCCUUGGCCAUCACCGACCUGCUCCUCGGCCUCCUGGUGCUGCCCUUCUCGGCCGUUUACCAGCUGUCCUGCAGGUGGGACUUCGGCAAGGCCCUCUGCGAUGUCUACACCAGCCUGGACGUGAUGCUGUGCACGGCCUCCAUCCUCAACCUCUUCAUGAUCAGCCUUGACCGGUACUACGCCAUCACGGACCCCCUGCGCUACCCCGUGCUGGUCACCCCGGCCCGGGUCGGCGUCUCCCUGGUGUUGAUCUGGGCCGUCUCCAUCACCUUGUCCUUCCUGCCCAUCCACCUGGAGUGGAACAGCAGGAACAAGACCAGCGGGGUCAACUCCACCAUCGUGUCCUGCAAAGUCCAGGUCAACUUGGUGUACGGCCUGGUGGACGGGCUGGUCACCUUCUACGUGCCCCUGGGGGUCAUGUGCAUCACCUACUGCCGCAUCUUCAAGAUCGCGCGGGAUCAGGCCAAGCGGAUCCACCACGUCGGCUCCUGGAAGGCGGCCACCGUCAGGGAGCACAAAGCCACGGUGACACUGGCCGCCGUGAUGGGGGCCUUCAUCGUCUGCUGGUUCCCCUACUUCACCGUGUUCGUCUACCGCGGGCUGACCGGGGACGAUGCCAUCAACAAGGUGUUCGAAGCCGUGGUUCUGUGGCUGGGCUACGCCAACUCGGCCCUGAACCCCAUCCUGUACGCCGCUCUGAACAGGGACUUCCGCACGGCGUACCAGCAGCUCCUGCGCUGCCGGUCGGCCGGCCGCUACGCCCACGACCCUUCCCUGAGGGCCGACGGCGGCUCCCGGCUCUCCAGGACGCAGAGCCGGGAGCCCAGGCAGCAGGAGGAGAAGCCGCUGAAGCUCCAGGUGUGGAGUGGGAGAGAGGCCGCGGCACCUCGUGGAGCCACAGACAGGAAGCCCAAGCCGCCCUGCACCGUGUGCUCCAGCAACCUUCUGAGCUGCUGCAAGAGCCUGUGGGACCUCCGGUUCCUCCAGGCACGAGGAGGGCCCCUCGGAGGAGCAGCCGCGGCGGACGCCACCCGAGGAAGCGGGGAGGAGGAUGCCGCCCUCCCGGCCUGUCUAGACCCGGCCCCAGGACACUGAUGGUACGGCUCCCCAGUCACCGAGAUGUAACUCCUGGAGCCACGAAGGGGCCAGCAGCCCCUGAAGCCACCUGGGAGGCACCCCAGCCUGGGUCCGGGGACUCCCAGAGCACACGGUGGGGCUGCUGGGCCCCUCGGGCCUGGGCAGAGCGGCCUAUCUGGGCUCAGCCUCCCCAGAGAGGUGUUCGGGGCUCCUCCAGGUCCCGCACUCACGCUGGUGCUGGCCCUGAGCUCUGAGCAGAGACGGGGGACAUGCAGGGCGUAUGCACACGUGUGUGCACGUGUGUGCGUGGAGGUGCCUGUUGCCCCCGAGCACAGCAGGGGGUGUCGCCCGAAGUGCUGGCCUCUCGCUCCCCGCGGGCUCUGCAGGAUGGAGGGAAGGAGAGGAGGAGCCCAGUCUUCGGGGCUCCCGCUGUGAGUGACGCACCUCACCUGCACGGGCUCCCGUAACCCUCACCGCCUGCGACCAGGGUCGCCGCCCCUGCCUUGCAGAGGUGGAAACUGAGGCUCAGAGCAGCAGGGGCCCGCCCAAGGCCGCUCAGCUGGGACGUGCGCCUGGCGCACGGGAGGCCCUGGAGCAAUGGCCGUCGCAGGGACACAUGAAUGAACAGACGAACAGGACGAUGGGCGCAAAGCCCGGCCUCAAGCCCCUGUGCUUGACGCGACACCACACCGCCUCUCGGGAGGGAGGUCGGAAUGUUUCCUCGACGGAGCCCACCCUGCGGGGCUCAGAGCAGAGCCUGGGGCCUUCAUACUGGAGCACGAGGGGGCUCUCGGGGAAGGCGUGCCGGGUGUCAGAGGGGGAGGGGCGGAGGUGGGGGGCGCAACAGAGGUGAGCGGGGCAGCUGACCCUGCAGCACCCCCUGCUGGGAUGCAUGACCUUGAGCGGGUCAGGGGCCCCCUGAGCAUCUCUGCUCCCCGGUCCUAUUUGCAGGGUGUUGCAGACACCCAAGGAGGUGGGCGGUGACAGCCCCAGUGAGGUGACGGUGUCCCCAGACUCUCUUCACUGACCACUGCCCCUCCCCGAGCCACUCUUCCCCUCGUUCCCAGAACCCCCCCAGGUGUCCCCUCCUUGCCCACUGUCCUCUCCUGGCCAUCAGGGCGGCUGCUCCCCGAGCCUCCUCACGGCAAUUUCUCUCCCUCUGUGGCCUCGUUUACACCCUUGAACCUGAAGUGACCCAGAGACUUAUUUCC